UUUAAAACAGACUGUGUUAUACAGCAAGUCAUUAAUAGAUCAGUAUGGAGCUCAGUUCACUUCCUCUAAUGCUCUUGCUGAUUUCAAACAUCCACACUGGACAAACGCAAGAUAAACCCAGAGUGACUGUGAAGCCCCAGAGUUCAGUGUUCACUGGAGACACAGUUACUCUGAGCUGUGAUGUGCGACGCUCAACUGUACUGAGGAUUAUCUGGUACAAAAACUCCAAGAUAAUAAAUUCUGAUGCUGAAACAAAAACACUGAGAGACGUGAGUCUCUCUGAUGGAGGAGAGUACUGUUGUGGUGUACAAAGAGCCACAACACAAGGUCAAAGAGUCAAGCUAACAGUAAGAGAGAGACCCAAAGCUGUAGUGCGUGUUCAGCCUGAUGGACGAGUGUUCAGAGGACAGACGGUCACUCUCACAUGUGACAUACAGGAGACAGACGUCACUAGCUGGAACUACACCUGGAAGAAAGAUGAUUCAGUGAUUCAUGAGAGUCAAUCACAGGAAUACAGAAUCAGUUCUGUUAAUGAAUCUCACACAGGUCAUUACAGCUGUAGAGGAAAUGAGACGGACGGAUCACGAUACUCACACACCAGUGAUGAAGUUACACUGACGCUAUCAGGAUCUUCAGGACCAUCAGGAUUUCGUGCUCUGAUAAUUGGAGUGACUGCAGGACUGAGCGUCUUAUUUCUUCUCAUUUUCUUACUGGUCCUGCUGUGGUGCUGCAAACACAACAAAGGUGGAGGAUCUCUGUCUCCCUCUACUGACCAUCAGCAGCACAACAUCAGACAGACAGAGAAACAGAAGAAGAGUGAACAAACACCACCACAGUUCGACACAGUAAUUGGACUUUCUGAUGUGACCUAUGUUGAGAUUGACCUGAGAACAGUGAAGGAAAUAAAGAAAAAGAAAGAACACAAAGUGAACACUCAGCUCUUGUCAUCUGUUAGGAAAGACCAGUAAGAGUUCUGAAACUGUUUACUCCAAACUGAAGAUGUAAACAGGUUACGGUGCUGUUGCUGGAUCUAGUGACAUGACGAAUGCUCAGAUAAAAUGAGACAAAACUUUCAACAGUAUGGGGAUUAAAAAAUAUUAUAUAAAUUAUAUAAAUAUUAAAAAAUAUAUAUUUUAAAUUACCGCUGUUAAUCAUAAGCAGCAAAUAUGCAUAAUUUAUAUUUUAUAACAUGUUUUGUGUCAUCGCACAACAAAUGAUGAUUUUUUUUUUUCUGUUAAAAAAAAAAAUCUCAGUAAUUUUUUAUUUUUUUAUUUUAUAAUGCAGUUGAAAUAUUGACACUUGCAAAGUCAAUCAAGGCCAGUUUUUCCCUGUUGGUGGCUAAUAAAGUUAAGGUCUAGGUCUAGAGAAAUAACUGCCUGUAAUAGCUUCUAACCGCUGAUACAUUACCGCUUACUAUAGUAUUAUGUUUUACAGAAUUAUGAAUAUUAUAAGAAAAAAAAAUAGCAUAACAUUUGUAAAUAUGCUACAAUCUAAUUCUGGAGUUAAAUCCUGUAUAUAAUGUUCAUGUAGACUAUCUAUCUAUCCUGUCAUUGUCCACUAGAUGUCACCAUAUAGAGAUGAUUUGGUUGUUUCUAUGUCAUUGCAUGAUAGUUUUUGAUUGUGUACUUUGUGUUUUAGUGUCUUCUUUUUGGUGUUUACUGUGUGUUACUCUUUCAUUCAUACCUGCACUGCUUGUAUUUUAAUCAUGUCAAUAAAAUAGUUUGAAGUGUUUUUUGUCUGGCGUGCAAAAUACCUGUGGCCUAAUGGUAGAGAGAACUUAACUUAAACCAAACAAUAGGAG